CGGAAAUACUACUUAUAAACAAACGAACGCAUGUGAUACACAACCUAAAAGGGGCUGCAGACUGCAUAAUGAACUGCUUCGGGAUAUCAGAUUUACUCCUUACAGGAAUACUUAUGAUUAUUUCUGGUUGCAAAGGAUUCCAGUACCCAGAUUCAGCACCAUGCAUAAUAGUAAAUAUGGACGCUAAAACUCAACUGACUCAACAUGGAUCUGAGCCGUUAGAAGUAACAUCAUCUUUAAACAGUGCCAAAGUAGAUAAAGGAUUUUGUCGUCCCAACGGCUCAUCGUCAAGUAUAAUUUUACAAACCACAUCUCCUUUACCGGCGAGGAUUACAUUGUUAUUUAGCAAAGACGACCAAUCUGUUGUUUUUAUGGACAUAACAGCAACUUUUGAUCCCGAUGUUAUUUUUAAUAAUACAGAUGAUGGUAACCAAGUUUUAGCAGACAUUGGAAACACUCGCCUGUCAAAGGAUACAUCUUCAUAUAAAUGCGAUGAACAACAAACUAUUUCAUUCAAUAAAAAGAAUUCAUCAAUGUUUGAGUACCAGUUUAAGAUGACUAUCACUAAUGUUGUAAUUCAAGCUUUUAACAUAGUUAAUGGUACACUAUCAAAAGCUGAAGAAUGUGCUGCGGACGAAACAACUGUUGCACCAACAAGUACUGAAACAAUUGAAACAACACAACCAGAUGUCACCAAUACCGGAAGUACUACAAAGAUGGCCACAACGGACGAAACGACGGUUCCUGCAACAACAAGCUUCAUUUCAACACCAACAGGAAGUACUCCUGAAGGAACUACCAGCAAUCCUAUCACACCAAGACCUGAUGACCCACCUAUACAAUCUUAUUUUGCACAAGGAGAGAACGGCACUUGUGUACUCAUACAGUGUGGAAUACAGUUCGAAAUUAAUUACAAUACAACUGAACAAAAAAAAGCAUCAAGGGUAAUUGGAGUUCCAGAGAGAGUAAACUUUGAUGGAGGAUGUAAUCAACCGAACAACACGCAAAGUCUUCAAAUACAAUUCUAUGACAACUGGGAUCUCCGACUUACAUUUUCUCGAUUCGAUGACCAAGGACGAAUAAAGUUCUAUUUGUCUGACAUAGAUUUAACGGCUAAUUUGAGCAAAGAACUUUUCCCGGAUAUCGAUAUUCCAAUUUUCAGACAAAACAUAAAAACAACUUUUGCAACAGAUACAAUCACAGCUUCGACAGAAGGCAGUUACAGAUGUACAAAAGAAGCAGCAUUUCUAUUAAAAGAUGGAACUGUUAUGAGUACCUUUAACUUGCAAUAUGCAGCCUUCCAGAAGAAUAUAACUGACUUCUCAGGAUCAGGUAUAUCGGAAUGUUCUUCGGAUGUUGAAACAAGUUCCGUUAUUCCCAUUGCUGUUGGUUCAGCACUUGGUGGACUGAUAGUCAUCGUUCUGGUAGCUUAUGCUAUUGGUAGAAGAUGCAAAGAAAAGGGCGACUACGACACAAUAUAAGAAGGGAACAUAAUAGUAAAAUCAUACAUAUCUCAGGCAUUGAUAUAUUAAGCAGAAAUCCAUGUGCAAAACAUAUGAAUGUAAAUAUUGAUAGUACAAUCUUAGGUGCGCAACAUUUGAACCAGAAACAAGGAUAAUAGAAUUACAUCGAUGUAACAUAUAUUGUCAUACAUAAAUAUUAAUCUAUAUUAAUUUUUGUAGUAAACUGAUGGCAUUAAAAUCAAAUUUUAUGUGCA